GCUUCAGGUACCAAGAUGUACUUGAUUUUCAACCAGCAUGGAUCUCACCUGCAUGAUCCAACAUACCUACAUUGUAUAAUAUCAAUUGUUUCAUUCAACUUAUCCCUCAGAGUAUACAGAGUACUGUACUAAAGGGGACCGGAAGCGCCAGUCUCCUUAACAGCUAUGACCUCGCGAACUCCACGGUGGGCUAUCCCCGUAAGCAUUAGUCUAGGCGUCCCAUUUGGUCUCUAUCUACUUUUCAUAUUACUAGGCGCCUUUCCUUUCUUUCAGAGACACUUUUUGUACUGUCAUCGAAUUAAUACGUUGUUCUGGCAUGACUUAAAUAAACCAGAGUAUUGGGGGUUCGCUAGAAACCAGGUAACGCCUUUCUCGCUAAGUACCGUUGAUGGGGAAAGCAUCUAUGCGUGGCAUAUUCUACCUCUUACAACCUACUUGAAGCACGAGAACAAGCUCCAGGCUCAACAACGAGGCUACUCGGACGAUAUUACCAAGACGGCAUCAUUUAAGCUGCUCAAAGAUGAACCCGAUGCUCGCCUUGUAAUAUAUUUUCAUGGGAACGGUGGCCAUGUUGCCCAGGGGUAUCGCCCCGACAGUUAUCAUACCCUGACUGAUUCAUCACAUUACCAUGUUCUGGCCAUUGAUUACCGUGGCUUUGGUAAAUCGACCGGUACGCCAUCAGAGGCAGGGCUAAUCCACGAUGGUAUUGCUGCCGUGGAUUGGGCAAUGCAAGUGGCUGGCAUCUCAGCCAGCCGGAUUGUCAUAAUGGGCCAUAGCCUCGGAACGGCGGUUACGAGCGGCGUCGCAGAGCAUUUCGCUAUGCAAGGAAUCGAAUUCGCGGGUAUCAUUCUCAUAGCCGGGUUCUCGGACCUACCAACUCUUCUUUCUUCAUAUUCAGCAGCGGGUUUUAUCCCAGUGCUUUCGCUGCUUCGCCCGAUCCCGCCGGUCCUCCGGUUCUUCCAAAAUUUCAUCGUGGAUAAGUGGAAGUCGGCAGACCGGCUUGCCCAUGUGGUGAGAUUGACACGAACAAGGCUACGGCUGACUUUUAUCCAUGCCAAGAAUGACUUAGCGGUACCGUCUCGUGAGAGCGAUGCGUUAUUCAAAUCUGCGGCUAGCGCUACUAUUGGAGAAAAUUUGGACAACGACAACUUCUUAUCAUGGAAAGAACAGCGAACCCUGCACAAAGAGGAUGAGACAUUUACGACGAUUGCCAAAGCUAAACCAGAUAUUAUCAUCAGGGAAGAACUUGUGUCGUAUAGUGGACACAACGAAGUAAUGGUGUCUUCGUCAGUCUCGCUCGCCGUCAUGAGAUCGUUUGGGCUCGAUGCUAUAAGCACCUAGUUAAGCUUCUUUAUACGUCGUAAUAUCAAACAUUAUAGACCUCAACUAAUCCUCGGAAAAGUAGAAUUUUGCAUUAAUAAAAUUCACAUACGCAAACUUCCAGAGCCAAGACUACCUUAUCUUAUAUACAUUCAUAUAUAUAUAUAUAUAUAUAUAGGUACCUACCUAAUACAUCCAUCUAUGUGCACCCACCCACAUACAAUUUAAAUGAUCUAC